AUGCAGAACGACGAGGGCCGCAUCGUGGACCUGUACAUCCCCCGCAAGUGCUCGGCGACUAACCGCCUCAUUCCGGCAAAGGAGCACGGCGCCGUGCAGCUGAACGUCGGCCAGGUGGACGAGACUGGGCGCUACACUGGCGAGUUCUACUCGUUUGCCCUUGCGGGCUUCAUCCGCAAGCGGGGCGAGAGCGACUCGUGCCUGAACCGCUUGCUGCACGAGAAGGGCAUGCUCACCUUCUCCAAGUGA